AGAUCUAAUUAUUCCAUGCCUUCUAGUCGACAUGUAAUUGUCUGCCAACUGCAUUUUGGCGGGUUUUGGGGCGCGCACUUGUGUACAGUGCAAUGCACAGCCCAAGAAAGAAGUCUGCUCAAGUUAUCAUGAGUGAUUCGUCGUGUCUUGAAGCUGGUCACGAAAGUUAUCAGAUGGAAGUGGUGUACAUUGUUUGCAAAACCGUUGUCUAGAUAUUUUAAAGAGAGAUUUUAUAAUCCUUAAACAGUCACAAAUCAUUUCAUAAUCAUAACUCAAUGGAGGCCUUCAGUAAUUUGAUGGCAUCUUAUAUUGCCCAGGAGGCUGCUGAGAAAAACCUGAGUGAUAAAAUUGCUGAAGAUAGUCUGAAGGAGGGGUUGAGUUUAACCUAUGACAUACUCCGUGAAAUUGAUGCAAAGUUCACUCUUAAAGGCAGAGGUCAUGAGUCUCUAAGGAAUCUUUUGGAUAGUCUUUAUUCCUACAAAUGUUGCUCUAUGGAAAAGGGGAUGAAGAACGUGUCAUAUGUUACUGCUGAAUUGGGGAGCAUUAUUCUUCUAAAGCUGUUAGUCAGCCAUAAAAUGCAUGAAAAAACCUCACUUGCUCAAGAUCUCUCUAUUGAAGAUGCCAUUGUAUGCCCAUGUAAUCUUGUGAGUUAUAAAGAUCAUCUUGAGGAGCUAAUUCAUGUUCUGCUUGAGUUGAAGUCUGUAAACAGAAUUCAAGUAAGCUGUUUUGUAUCUUCUGUCAUUGACAUGGAGCUUCCUGUUGUGGUAUUAGAUGCAUUACAGAAGGCAGAUUUGGUUCCAGUCAGUAUCUAUAUUACUCAGCGUAAGGAGGAUGUUAAAAAAAGCAAGGAAACGAAUCAAAAAUUCUGUGAAGUGAGUAUACGGUUACUUGCUUCAUUGCUUCACUUUGGAUUUGGUGAAGAUAUUGUGGAACCUGGACCUGCAACAUCCCUUUUAUGCCAUCAGUCUUGUAAUGAGUUUUUAGACCAAUUUGUUAUUGAGGUUACUAACCACAUGAUAUCUGAAGAAAAUAGCUCUUCCUUUGGACAGCACUUUUUGCAGUUGCGGGAAGACAAAUGGCAUGUGAGAGAAACUGCCUUGCAGGAAUAUUUUCUACGCAUUCUCCGGUCUGCAGCUACGUCGCCUUGCAUUUCUGCUGCGCAGGCCCUUGCUUUUCAACACCGUUGGUUUUAUUCAGAAGUUGGGCCCUGCUUCAGUGUUAACUUGAACUACUUGCUGACAGCCUUGGGAGAAGAGGAGGCAAAUUCUGGUAUUACGUCAAUGAUAAAGGAAGAAUCCGCCAAAUGGCAGAGUAUUCUACAGUUUAUAACGGCUUAUCUCUCACAUUUUUCUGGGGCUGCUGCAGCGUUAAAAGCCUAUGUGGAUGAUUGUUUAGUACGAGCUUUGACUAAGCAGAGUUAUUCGCUGUUGGCUUGUGCUUUCUUAGUAGCACGCCAAGCUUGUCUUAACUCUGCUAUACCUUCUGUACGGAAUGCGUUUCCAUCAUAUGGAGUAUGGUUUGCAUCUGCAUUUGGUACAGAGGCAGGCUCUGUUCAAACUUCAACAAAUGCUGCCACAUUUUCCUUCUUAAUGGAGUUUCUCACAGAACUCGUUCCUACUGAGCCACCGUUUUGUCUAAGAGUUCAUAUCAAUAAAGUUCCUUCUGCCCCUGUGCAUUGCAGUCACUUAUUGACUGAUUAUGUUUCCUUAGCUAAAACUCGCCUGAAAGAUUUAGGAGAAGCUACAGGAAGUGGACUAUUUGCCUUUGAAUAUACACCAAAAGAAGAUGUUGCUGCUGCAUUGUUGAACUUUGAGAAAUCUGGUCAAAUUAGUCGUGUGCUUCUUGAUUGCUCCAAGUUCCGCCGCACACAAUUUGAACAGCAAUUCUUGCCUGCUCUUCUUGUCCCAGAGCCAGUGGGUGAAGAGAUUUCUACACGUCAACGCUUGAUUACGAAAUUGCAAAUCCUGGGGAAGAUCCCUUCUACCUUGCUGCAAAAGUAUGAGAAGGCUUGCCAUGACAUCUCUUCUAAACAUUCUGGGCAGCGGAAAUUGCCAAUAUCUGGCUCUCCACUGGAACGCUGGCAAGCAAUACUGGAGUUGUUGGUGAGCACUAUGCGAAAUAAUGGUGUUGACGAAAAAGGAACUUUAACUGAUGAUGGAAAGACGGUGCUCUCUGCACUAGGUGCUCAAUUAGAGCCACUAUUGUAUUGGAUUGCUGAACAAUCUGACCCAGGGAGCUUACAACGAAAGGUUGUGGGGAGAUUAUUAAAGGCCUGUGAAUUCUGCUUUGAGCCGCCAAAACCCCCUGGUUUAAAAAAAACAUCAAACUGGCUGUACCAUCUUGUUACUCAUCUCAAAGCUCACCCUGGUUUGUUGAGGCAAUUACAUGGAGCUGUUUAUCGCUUAGCUUGUGAUAUUACUCGGAUGCCGCACGUGACAGAAGCUGCAGCAGCAUUGGCAUAUGUUUUGGACUUUCAUAAAGAUAAUAUUUCUAUAAUUAAACCCCCAGUCUCCCUCGACAGUGAAAAGUUGGGUGAGACAGUUGGACGGUCUCUGCAGCCUAUUUGUCGGAAAAGUAUGGUUCAUGGUCUGGUGUUCUCAUCUUCCUACUUGCGGCUUGUGGAUGAAGCGUGUGCUGAAACGCUUCCAUUGCCAAAGUGCUUGCCAUCUCUUCUGCGAAUAUUCAUUUAUUUGCGUGAGCGUCUACUGCACAGCAGUGACGAGGAAGUUCUGGAAAUUUGUGCGCACACGUGGACUCCAUCUUCGUCAUGGACUGUACCCAUAUUGGAAUGCCAGCCGAGUUUGACUGAAUGGUUGGAUUUGGAAGCAGAAAUAGAUCGUACAGAGGAUCCAGUCAAAAUUCGACACCUCUAUUUGUGCGAAUGGAUUACACAGCAUUGCAACCAAUGUCCAGCCCCUGAGCUCCUAGUUGCCAGUCUUGAAUAUAUCACUAAGGAAAAUGCUGCUUGGGGAAGUGAAGUGCUGCAAAUAAUUCCUUCAAUUAUAAGUUCUUCCAACACAGUGCCCCCUAAUUCAGCUGUUCCUUGGCUUCUUGAAACAUGGAGAAACAUCAUUUUACGUUUUUCACAUCAAAAUAUAAUUAGAUGUCUGCAAAAUCUUCCACCGUGGCUGCUUCUUACUAAUACUUUAAGUGUGACACCCACACGUGCUUCAGUGGAUGCGCUUAGUGAAUUCCUCGACAAGAGUAUGGACAAAAUGUCGGAGAAGGGCUUUCUUUCUCACAAUAUUGUUUGCAUGGUAAUUGCAGCCAUCCGAUCUUCUUCUCCACAUUGUAAAGGUGAAAUGUUAUCUCAGUUCAUUGAUACUUGUCCAGCUCUUCACCUCAGCAUCUUGCGGCAUUGGCAGAAACUGUGGCUGCAGCUGGUUCCGAGCUUCACAACUUCAUGCCCUAAAGGCUGCAGUUUGGAUAGGAUUAUGAAGGUGGUGGUAACAGACAAUGCUAAUAUGAAAUACGGAAAGACCAACUACAAUUGGGAAGUGGGGUUGGUGCACUGGAGCAGAGGAGGACCUCUUCCCCAAGUAGAUGAUGGUUCACUGUUCUUCUAUAUGGUGGACCUUGGGAUGCAAUUACUGACGGGCUCAGUUGGAAUGUUAAUGGUCACUGAGGGUCCAGUUCUCCCAUCAGCAAUGACAAUGGCAAAUUUACUAGUUCAAGAACCUCUUCAUUGCUUGAAGAUGGUGGGUGAUGCAUCAAAAGCAGAAUCACUUUGUUCCCCUGCUGCAGGUAUUUCGUAUACCGCACGUGUUGGCUUAUCUCUAGCCACUAUGGGUGUCAUGUUGUCUAUGGACAUUGAGUACUUGCCUAGUCCUGGCAGUGACUCAGCCAAGGUGUGCUCUAAAAUUCUUAAGCAGUGUGUGGAAUGGUGGAAGCUAGUUUGUCAUGAACUUGACCUUUGUGAUUCUCGAAUACAGGAAGUAUCGUUUGUACAAUGGUUGACAAAACGCAUUUAUAAAUUAUUGGAAUGUUUUUCAGUGUAAAUAAAUUUAAAAAGUGAAUUAUUCUUGUGGUUAUAACAAUGUAAAAUUGCAGUUUCGUUUACAAUAAUUGAGUUAAAAAAUCUUGUUUCUGUUGAAUUGCUCGAAGUUUCUCAUUUAGAGUGGCUUAGAACUAGAUGUUAACACUAGGACUACCGACGGGGGCAACGGGUCUAUCCUAAUGCAGAAUUUAGUUUUUAAUAUUUUUUCUUUCGUUUACCAUUUUUAUGCCCUUGUAUAAUUGUUCUUUAAUGGAUUUCUUGCAUUAAUUUGAAAAUAUCUAGUGUCUUUCUGGCUUGGUUGCUGGACUGUGGAAGCACCACUUCUAUUCUUUCCAUUGAUUCUCAAAUUCACGGUGUAUUUUAAAUGUGAUUGUUGUUUAUACAAAAUAG